CAUGCUGGAAUUGUGGGUAAGAAGAAAAAUGGAUGUGGCUCUGAUGGUGACAGUUACUAGCUCGGUGACUGGAGGCAACUUUAACCACCCCAUCACCUAUUGGAUGGGGAUGAUCAGCUUAUUCUUGUAUACCUGAGCAAGUAGAAGUGUGUGAAAUAGUCUUUGGCAGGAUGGACAAGACCUGUGAGAUGAAAUACAGAACACUGGACAGCCCUUUGGGGAAAAUAGAGAUAUCUGGUUGUGAGCAGGGACUGCACGGGAUACGGCUGCUCAACCGGAAGACCUCGAGCACUGACCCCACGGAGGCCCCAGCAGUUCCUGAGGCUCCCAGCAGUCCAGAAGGAAUGACAGAGCCCCUGAUGCAGUGCGAGGCCUGGCUGGAUGCCUAUUUCCACAAGCCUGCGGCCACUGAUGGACUCCCCUUGCCUGCUCUGCACCAUCCCGUGUUCCAGCAAGAUUCAUUCACCAGACAGGUGUUAUGGAAACUGCUGAAGGUUGUGAAAUUCGGAGAAAUGGUUUCUUACCAGCAAUUAGCAGCCCUGGCAGGCAACCCCAAAGCAGCUCGCGCAGUGGGAGGAGCGAUGAGAAGCAAUCCUAUCCCCAUCCUCAUCCCAUGCCACAGAGUAAUCUGCAGCGAUGGAACCAUGGGCAACUACACCGGAGGACGGGCUGUGAAGGAAUGGCUUCUGGCCCAUGAAGGCAAUCGGAUAGGGAAGCCAGAGUUGGGGCUGGCCGGAACCAGGCUCAGGGCAGCCAGCAGCACCACCAACUCUCAGCUUACUGGCCGAAAUUGAGUGUUUGUAUUCAAAGUAAACAUCUGAGUGACACAUAGAUGUAAUGCCAUAUCAGAAGCAGGAUGUGUGGUGGCACCACUAUAUUAAAAGAGCCAGAUGUGUCCUGGGG